AUGGCGGCACUAACCAUCACCCAGGAAGAACUUAAGGCGAUCAUGCGAGAGGCAAUGCAGGCUGCAUUGACGCAUGUGAGCAGCCAGGCGACGACAACGUUCAGCGUCGUCCCUGGAGGAGGAGACCAAACGAAGACAUGGGACCUGACCUCGGACAAAGGAAUGAAAUACUUUGCCCAGGCUACCAAGGCACCAGACACCCUUUUCGACGGAACAAUUGAAAAGCUACACAACUUCCUAGGUCUGAUCAAGAAGAGAGCAACCACCUAUGGCAUGAUGUCGGUGAUCGCAAAUAUAAAUAUUGGCAACAACAAAACUAGAUCCAUAUUAACCGAAUAUGGUUCAAUUACUGAGGCGCAGAUAAAGGCGCACGCAGAAGUUUAUCAGAAGGAAGAUAAUAGGCAGCGACAAGCAGCAAAGAUGGUUGAAGCACUGAUUGCCAACAGUAUCGAGCAGGAUGUAUUUGAUGAGCUGGAACAGCGCGAGGACAAAUACACGGUCAAGGUGACUCCCACAGGAGGGAACGCAGAGGUUACCAGACAGGAUGGACCGAUGAUGCUUUACCAACUCAUCAGUAUGGUAUGCGUCGACACGAAAGCGACAGUGGCCACCAUCCUUGACCACCUAUCUAGGUCCGGAUUGGUCCAAGCAAUGGCUGAUGCUGAUUCGGAUAUUAAGGCGUUUAAUAGAAAAGUCAACACCCUCAUUAUUUCGCUCAGGGCUAGGCAGGAAGCCAUACCGAGCCUUAUAGCUCCACUGUUCAAGGCGUACGUGUCGUGUGAGGACAAGGCCUUCUCGCAGUACUUCAGGCGGAAGGAAGAACAAUACGAGGAUGGAUCAUUGACCGAACCUAAGGAACACGCAGCACUGAUAAGGCUAGCUGGCGAAAGGUACAAGAUCAUUACAGGAAAGAAGGAAUGGAAGAUGAAAUCCGAGGAGGAGCUCAAGUUCAUCGCGCUGAAGGCGACGGUGGACCAGCAGAACAAACAGCUGACGCAGAAACCAAUGCAGAAAGCCAAGCCAACGCAACAAAAGGAAAAACAAGGACCUAACAACGUUGGAGAAUGGGCUUGGAAGUCGGUGCCUCCAAAGGAAGGAGAGCCAAUCGAAAAGAAGUUUCGAUCAAAGGAGUACAUCUACUGUCCACACCAAGGAGAAACCAAGUGGGUAUUGAAGGUCAAUAGGCAAGGAGUCGUCCAUUCGACCAACUGCAGAGCCAGGCAGAAGAGUGACACCGCAACGUCACUCACCGCCACUACGGACACGGACAGUGAAUCGCAAUCGAGCGACGCAAACACGCCAUCCAAGAGGGACAUCAGGAUUGCGCAAGCACUCACGUCCGUACUGGAGGAAGAGCUGUCAGGAAUCACCGAGGACGAGAACCUAAUGACUCCAGGACGAUCGUGA